AUGAGGGGCUAUUAUGGAAAGGUUCUAGAUGCAGAUCUGAAGAAACAAAAGCGGAAAAGGUUGAUACAUGUCAAAGAAAGCAUGGAUCGCGUUCUAAAAGCUGGAAGAACCUCCGGUUCCCUCAACCUCUCCAACCGCUCUCUGAGGGAAGUACCUGAUGAGGUCUACAAAAGUUUGGAUGCAGUUGCUGAAGGCGAAAAAUGGUGGGAGAAUGUGGAGCUACAAAAGCUGAUUUUGGCUCAUAAUAAUAUUGAGUCAGUAAAGGAAGACCUUAAGAAUUUAUCUCAACUAAUUGUGUUGAAUGUUAGCAAUAACAAGCUCUCUGCGCUUCCAGCCGCAGUAGGAGAGCUUCCUAUGCUUAAGCUAUUAGAUGCUUCUUUUAACCUGAUUCAGAAACUACCUGAUGAAAUCGGAUCAGCAACUUCUCUUGUCAAGUUUGAUUGUUCGGGAAAUCAGCUGAAGGAACUCCCGAGCUCACUAGGAAGAUGUUUGGAUUUAUCUGACUUGAAGGCAUCAAACAAUUCUAUCACCAGCUUGCCUGAAGAUCUAGCAAGAUGUUCAAAACUGACAAAAGUAGAUGUGGAGGGAAAUAAGUUGAAGGUGUUACCUGGGAAUUUGUUGGCAUCAUGGACCUUGCUUACCGAAUUUAAUGCAUCAAAAAACUUGCUGAGUGAUAUUCCAGACAACUUUCGAAGCCUUUCACGACUCAUCCGCCUUGACCUUCAUCAGAACACUUUAAUACUCAUCUGGCAUCUGGAACCUCUAAUUUUCAGGAACAACACACUGUCUACCUUACCUGCAGAAAUAGGGGCACUUUCUCGCUUAGGGACAUUGGAUCUUCACUCAAACCAGUUGAAGGAGUAUCCCGUGGAGGCAUGCAAAUUACAGCUUUCAAUGCUGGAUCUUUCGAAUAAUUCUUUGACUGGAUUGCCCCCUGAGCUUGGUAAGGUCAACACUCACAGCAUCUCGUUGGUUUCGGGACCCACAGCCACUUUAUUAAAGUUUCUUCGAAGUAGACUCUCUGAAGGAGAAGAUUCUAAAGCAACUACUUCAUCGAAGGAGGAUGUAAUUUCCAUGGCAGCUAGAUUGUCUGUUAGUUCAAAGGUCCAUGAUGUUAGGUCAUUGCUUUUGUCUGCCAGCUUUCUCUUCAAAGAGGGGAUUCUGGAGCUAUCUCUACAAGGGGUGGGUUUGACUGCUGUCCCAUCAGAAGUAUGGGAAUCAGGUGAAAUUGUAAAAGUUGAUCUAUCCAGGAAUUCUAUUCAAGAGCUGCCAUUUGAACUCUCCUCCUGUUCUUUGAUUUUAUCCAGAAACAAGAUUAAUGACUGGCCAGGUGCAAUUUUGAAAUCACUUCCCAAUCUGUCAUGUUUGAAGCUGGACAAUAAUGCACUUACACAGAUUUCGUCAGAUGGAUUUCAAGCUGUCCCUGCACUUCAGAUUCUGGAUCUAAGUGGCAAUCCAGCUUCAUUACUCAAUCAUCCAGCAUUUUCCAGCUUGCCUCAUUUGAAAGAGCUUCAUCUCAGAAAAGUUCAAUUAUGUGAAAUUCCAUCAGAUAUAUUCAACUUACAGCAACUUCAAAUCCUGAAUUUGAGCCAAAAUUCACUUCACUCAAUUCCAGAGGGGUUCAAAAAUCUUACCUCUCUCACUGAGCUUGACCUAUCUGACAAUGAUAUUUCAGCACUUCCUCCAGAGCUGGGUUUGCUUGAGCCAAGCCUCCAGGCCUUAAGACUUGAUGGAAAUCCAUUGAGAAGCAUCCGGAGAACAAUUUUGGAUAGGGGAACUAAAGCAGUCCUGAAAUAUUUGAAGGAUAAAAUUCCAGAGCACUAG